AAGACUGGAUCUAGGAGGCCUUGGGUCUCAUGUCCCACUGCAUUGUCAUCUUGAAGAUUUGUCACACUUUGAGAGAAAAACUUGUUGCCAUGACAACGGGCUCAGAGGCUGAGAAGACUUCAGCCACUGUCAGCAACAUCAUUGUGGUGGCCAAGUGGAUCAUCCCCAGAGUAGAUGAUGUUGUGAAAUCAGUGUACCAUCUGUUGAGCACCAAGCUCCUGGAUAUGUCUUCCUGGAUUUUCUGGUCAAUUUUGUGAAAUUAAUAUAAAUGAAUGCUCUUCAUCACCAUGUCUACAUGGUGCAGACUGUGAAGAUCAUAUCAAUGGAUAUGUUUGCAAAUGCCAGCCAGGAUGGUCUGGACACCACUGUGAGAAGGAGCUUGAGUGCAUUCCCAACUCAUGUGUUCAUGAACUCUGCAUGGAGAAUGAACCUGGCUCCACAUGUUUAUGCACACCUGGAUUUAUGACCUGCUCCACUGGGCUUCUUUGUGGUGAUGAAAUAAGAAGAAUUACCUGUUUAACUCCCAUCUUUCAAAGAACAGAUCCCAUUUCCACACAGACAUACACAGUUCCCCCUUCUGAGACUUUGGUCAGCAGCUUUCCAUCUAUAAAGGCUACUAGAAUACCAGCCAUAAUGGACACUUAUCCAGUUGAUCAAGAUGUUUCCUCUUCUCGAUUCCUGAAUUUUGGUAUUCAUGACCCAGCACAAAUUGUCCAGGACAAAACAUCGGUAUCACAUAUGCCUAUUCGAACUUCAGCAGCCACACUAGGUUUCUUUUUUCCUGAUAGGAGAGCAAGGACCCCAUUUAUCAUGUCUUCCGUUAUGUCAGAUUUUAUUUUUCCUACACAAUCUUUAUUAUUUGAGAACUAUCAGACUGUUGCUUCAUCUGCUACCCCAACGACUUCAGUAAUUAGAAGCAUUCCAGGGGCUGAUAUUGAGCUAAACAGGCAGUCAUUACUCUCCCGUGGAUUCCUGCUUACAGCUGCCUCCAUAAGUGCAACUCCAGUUGUCUCUAGGGGGGCUCAAGAGGAUAUUGAAGAAUAUUCAGCUGAUUCUUUAAUUUCAAGAAGAGAGCACUGGAGAUUGCUGAGCCCCUCGAUGUCUCCCAUUUUUCCUGCUAAGAUAAUUAUAUCUAAACAGGUAACCAUCUUAAACUCAUCAGCUCUGCACCGGUUCGGUACAAAAGCCUUCAAUCCCAGUGAAUAUCAGGCUAUUACUGAAGCUUCAAGCAACCAGAGACUCACAAACAUCAAAUCACAGGCUGCUGAUUCUUUAAGAGAAUUAAGCCAAACAUGUGCAACAUGUUCUAUGACUGAAAUAAAAUCCUCUCGUGAAUUCUCAGAUCAAGUUUUGCAUAGCAAACAGUCCCACUUUUAUGAGACAUUCUGGAUGAACUCAGCGAUAUUAGCCAGCUGGUGUGCACUAAUGGGAGCUCAAACUAUCACUUCUGGGCAUUCAUUUUCUUCUGCUACUGAAAUAACACCAUCAGUGGCAUUCACAGAAGUGCCAUCUUUAUUUCCUUCUAAAAAGAGUGCAAAAAGAACAAUUUUAUCCUCAUCCUUGGAAGAAUCCAUUACCCUAUCAAGUAAUUUGGAUGUUAAUUUAUGUUUGGAUAAGACUUGUUUAUCCAUUGUCCCCUCACAAACUAUCUCUUCAGACUUGAUGAAUUCUGAUUUGACUUCAAAAAUGACUACUGAUGAACUGUCAGUAUCAGCAAACAUUUUAAAACUAUUGAAAAUAAGACAAUAUGGCAUAACUAUGGGCCCCACUGAGGUACUAAAUCAAGACAGCUUAUUGGACAUGGAAAAAAGUAAAGGAUCUCAUACACCGUUCAAACUUCACCCAAGUGAUAGUUCUCUGGAUUUUGAGUUAAACUUACAAAUUUAUCCGGAUGUUACUUUAAAGACAUAUUCAGAAAUUACACAUGCAAAUGACUUCAAAAAUACUCUGCCACCAUUGACAGGCUCAGUGCCUGAUUUUUCAGAAGUCACCACCAAUGUUGCAUUUUAUACAGUUUCAGCAACUCCAGCACUUUCAAUACAGACGUCUUCCUCCAUGUCUGUAAUUAGGCCAGAUUGGCCAUAUUUUACAGAUUAUAUGACCUCUCUUAAAAAAGAAGUCAAGACUUCUUCAGAAUGGUCCAAAUGGGAACUUCAGCCUAGUGUGCAAUAUCAGGAAUUUCCCUCUGCAAGCUGGCAUCUUCCCUUCACUAGAUCUCUUACUUUGUCUUCACUGGAAUCCAUUCUGGCACCUCAACAGCUGACGAUUUCUGAUUUCAGUUGUGUUCGUUAUUAUGGAGAUUCCUAUCUAGAAUUUCAGAAUGUGGUUUUAAAUCCACAAAAUAACAUCUCCCUAGAAUUUCAGACCUUCAGCUCCUAUGGACUUCUGCUGUAUGUCAAGCAAGACUCAAAUUUAGUAGAUGGAUUUUUUAUUCAAUUGUUUAUUGAAAAUGGUACUUUAAAGUACCACUUUUACUGUCCUGGUGAAGCAAAAUUUAAAAGCAUUAAUACUACUAUUAGAGUGGACGAUGGGCAAAAGUAUACACUGCUUAUCAGGCAAGAACUGUAUCCAUGUAAAGCUGAGCUGACUAUUUUAGGGAGGAAUACACAAACAUGUGAAUCUAUCAGUCAUGUACUUGGAAAACCCCUGCCAAAAUCAGGAUCUGUCUUUAUUGGUGGAUUUCCAGACCUUCAUGGGAAAAUCCAGGCAAGGACAGUUCCUGUCACAUUGUUGGAGCUCAAUGAACAGCUUUUAAAUAGAGGCCUCAGUUAAAGAAUGGAUGAAACAUAAAUAAAACCUUUCAUAAUUU